AUGCUAAGCUACGGCGCGGAGGUGCUGUUCGGCGGCGGCCCGGCUGCUUUCCGCAAGGAUGCCGGCGGCGGUUUGCGCUCAGCCGGGCCGGCGGGCCUUUCGCGCUCCGGGAUGGGCUCCUUGUCCUCCAGCGGCUUCCACUCGCAGGGUUGGUCUCGCUGCUCUGCUUCCCGGCGCCAGUUGGGUUCGUCCACCGAGAGCCUGGAGUCUUUGGGCCCGCUGAACGGCGAGUUGCGCGGAGGGCGCAACGAGAAGGAGGUGCUGCAGGCGCUCAACGACCGCUUCGCCGGCUACAUCGACAAGGUGCGCGCCUUGGAGAUGCAGAACCGGCAGCUGGAAGGCGAAGCGGCGGCCCUGCGCCAGCAACAAGCCGGCCGCUCCGCGCUGGGCGAGCUGUACGAGCGCGAGAUCCGCGAGAUGCGCGGCGCGCUGGUGCGGGCCAGCAACGAGAAGGGGCAGCUGCGGCUGGAACAGGAGCGGCUGGAGGAAGAGGUGGCGGCGUUGCGCCAGCGGCUGGACGACGAGGCCCGGCUGCGCGAAGAGAACGAGGCGGCCGCCCGCGCCCUCCUGAAAUUCACCGAGCAGGCCCAGAUGACCAAAGGCGACCUGGAGAAGAAACUGGCCGCCCUCCGCGAGGAGAGUCUCUUCCUGCGCCGCAGCCACGGCGACGAGGUGGGCGAGCUGCUGCGCCAGAUCCAAGGCAGCGGGCCCGCCUCCGUCUUCGAGAUGCGCGAGUUGCCCGCCGUCCAGUCGGACGUCACCUCGGCGCUCAAGGAGAUCCGCGCCCAGCUGGAGGGCCACACCUUCAAGAGCUCCCUGCAGUCGGAGGAGUUUUUCCGAGUGAGGCUGGACAAGCUCUCCGAAACUGCCAGGGUGAACACCGAUGCCAUCCGCAAUGCCCAAGAGGAGCUGUCGGAAUAUCGCAGGCAGCUGCAGUCCAAAACGACGGAGCUGGAAACUCUCCGUGGGAUGAAGGAAUCCUUGGAAAGGCAGAGGCUGGACAUUGAAGAUCGCCACCAUUUGGAUGUCCAGUCUUAUCAGGAUACGAUCGGACAGCUGGACAACGAGCUCAGGAAUACCAAGUGGGAAAUGGCCGCCCAGCUUAGAGAAUAUCAAGACCUGCUGAAUGUCAAAAUGGCUCUAGAUAUCGAGAUAGCUGCCUACAGGAAGCUGCUGGAAGGAGAGGAAUGCCACUUUGGCAGCGGGAUGGGGAUUUUCCCCUUCCCCGAAAUUGCCCCCAAGGCCCCGAGCGUUCCCUCUCACAUCAAGGUCAAAAGUGAGGAGAAAAUUAAAGUGGUGGAGAAAUCGGAAAAGGAGACGGUGAUCGUCGAAGAGCAGACGGAGGAAGUGCAAGUGACCGAAGAAGUGACGGAGGAGGAGGAGGAGGAGGAAGUGGGUGAGAAAGAAGAGGAAGCAGAAAAGGAGGAGGAAGCGGAAGAGGAAAAAGAAGGGGAAGAGGAAAGCCAGGAAGAAAAGGAAGAAGGAGAAGAAAGCAAAGAAGCUGCAAUGGAGAAAGAGUCUCCAUCUGCAGAGGAGACCCCGUUGCCUGAAAAGAAGCCCACCUUGAAGGAAGAGGAGGCCAAAUCUCCUGAGGUUAGGUCUCCCACCAAAGAUGAAGCCAAAGAGGAAGCCAAGUCACCAGCCAAAGUCACGUCUCCAACAAAGGAAGACAGUAAACCUCCGGCCAAAGUCACGUCUCCAACAAAGGAAGACAGUAAACCUCCGGCCAAAGUGAUGUCACCAACCAAGGAAUUGUUGAAAGUCCCAGGUGCAAAACCAGUGGAGGAGGCAGCCACGUCCCCUGUCAAAGAAGAAAGCAAAUCUCCAGCAAAACCUGGAUCUCCAGAAAGCCGGACUCCAGAAAAGAUGAAAUCUCCAACGAAGGAGGCAGAGAAACCUCCGGCGGUGAAAACCCCAGAGAAAGUGGCUUCCCCGACGAAAGAGGAUCUCAAAACACCAGAAAAACCAAGGUCUCCAAUGAAGGAGGCAGAGAAACCUCCAGCGGUGAAGAUCCCAGAGAAGGUGGCUUCCCCAGUGAAAGAGGACCUCAAAUCUCCAGCAAAGGAGGCAGAGAAACCUCCAGCGGUGAAGAUUCCAGAGAAAGUGGCUUCCCCGACGAAAGAAGACCUCAAACCUCCAGAAAAACUCAAGCUUCCCCCCAAAGAGGAAACUAAAUCCCCCGAGAAGGCCAAGACGCCCAUCAAGGAGAAAGCUAAGUCUCCAGAAAAAGAGGGGGGACCCCAAAAGGAACCAGCGAAGCCGGUGACAAAGGAGGAGAAGGCGCCAGAGAAGGAAGCGGAAGCGCCAACCAAGCCCGUGGCAGAGAAGAAACCAAGCAAGAAAGAAGAGGAGGCCAAGCCACAGACCCCAACCAAGGAUGUUCCCAGGCCAGAAGCCAAGGAGAAGGAGAAGACCGAAGACCAAGGGAGCAAGAAACAAAGCCCCAAGGCCAAGUCGCCCACCCUGGAUGGGGAAAAGGUACCGGCCGCUCCCAAGGCUGAGGACAGCAAAGGGAAGGAAAAAGAGGCCACCAAGCCAACCUCCAAACCAGAAGCGGGGAAAGAGGUGGAGAUAGGAACCAAGGGGGCCGCGCCAAAAUCUCCAACCGAGGAAGCCAAAGCGAAGACCCCAAGCCCACCGACCAAGAAGGAAGCCGAGAAAGCCAAGGCCGAAGAGAAGAAGGAAGAACCAAAGAAGGAGAAAACGGAGCCCAAGAAAGAGGAGGAGAAAGAGAAACCCAAAGCAGCAGAGAAACCCAAAGACGACGCCAAGAAGACGUUGAGCCCCAAAGAGACCCCCACACCGGAAGGCCCCAAAGAGACCCCCAAGAUGGAAAAAGCAGAGAAGUCCUCCGGGAUGGACCCCAAAGAAAGUAAACCCGCCGAAAAAGAAGACAAGACCAAGAAAUGAUCAGAUGCUCGGAGAAGCUUGAGGGGGAAUCCCAAGGACUUGGAAGACCACCCAUCUCAGGGCUGGUUUUUCCUCAAAGGCUAAAUUUGGAGUGAGCCACCCCCUCCCACCCCCCACCCCCAAGA